AUGAAGCCCACGAAAGCAGACACAUCCAACUUCGACCAAGUGUUAUCGGCCAGACAAGUGGAAGGACUGAUCACUAGUGGCCAUUCAAUCAUCAUCCUGGAUCAGAAAGUCCUCAAAGUCGACGCGUGGAUCAAGUAUCAUCCCGGCGGCCAUAAAACGAUCGAGCAUAUGGUGGGAAAGGACGCAACAGAUGAAAUUACCGUUUUCCACUCGGACGAAACGCGCAGUCAGAUGUUCCGGUACCAGAUUGGGAGGAUUGAAGGGCGAUGGGAGAACCUCGUGCCUCCUAUCCAGGGAGGGCAGCAUCGAGAAUACCCAAAGGCCAAUGGAGAGGCCUCGUUGCAGCAAUCAACACCGAGGCUCGAUAGCCCGUGUGGACUUUCUUUUCUCGAUAGCUUGACAGUGAAUGAAGUGGUGCUCACCAUGGACAAGUACCCUUCACUGGACCAGAAUACGCAGGAUGGAAUUACCGAGAAAUAUCGGGAGCUUCAUGACAAGAUCCAGGCUGAGGGAUUAUACGAUUGCAACUAUACUGCCUAUGCCUGGGAAUUUGGGCGCUGCUCAUUGAUCUUUGGUCUCAUGCUGCUUCUUCUUCAUGCCGGGUGGUAUUGUACCAGCGCCAUCUGUCUGGGCUGGUUCUGGUCACAGCUUGUUUUUGCGGCCCAUGAUUCUGGCCACAUGGGCAUUACGCAUAAUCUGACGAUUGACAGCCUGAUUGGUAUGAUUAUCGCUGCCCCGAUUGGGGGUCUUUCGCUGGGCUGGUGGAAACGUACGCAUAACGUACACCAUAUUGUGACCAACGCGCCAGAACAUGACCCUGAUAACCAGCAUCUGCCAUUCUUUGCCGUGAACCAUCGGUUCCUUGGUAGUUUGUUUUCUACCUAUCAUGAGCGGCUCAUGUCUUAUGAUGCUGUGGGAAGGCACUUGCAUCGCUGGUUUGAGAUCGUGGGAAACUUGGUAUUCUGGUAUUGGUUUGGUUAUCGCCUUGUUUACAAAUCAAUCCCAACAGCCUGGGCUCGAUUCACCUUUGUCAUGGUCAGCCACAUGGUCACGAUGCCACUACACGUGCAGUUUACAUUAUCCCACUUUGCCAUGUCAACCACCGACCUUGGCCCAACAGAAUCCUUCCCCCAGAAAAUGCUGCGGACAACCAUGGAUAUCGACUGUCCGGAAUGGCUAGACUUUCUCCGCGGUGGUCUUCAAUUCCAGGCGAUCCACCAUUUGUUCCCCAGGGUUCCGCGCCAUAACCUCCGACGAACUCAGAAAUUGGUGCUGCAGUUUUGCCGUGAGGUUGGCAUUCCGUAUGCGCUGUAUGGGUUUGUGGGUGGGAAUCGGAAGGUGGUGGGGAGCUUGGCGGAGGUUAGUCGGCAGGCUGCUAUUCUGGCGCAUUGUCAGAGGACUAUUGCGAAACGAGGGGAUCUGAUCCAUGGUCGUUGA